GGCAUGGAUUUGAAGGAUCGAAGGCACCGCUCCCUGACGAGGGGCCGUGGCUCCAUGGACACCCAGUACAACACCUCCUCCCUGGACACGGACGAGUGUCGCGUGCCCACCCAAAAGUCCUACAGCUCCAGCGAGACGCUCAAGGCCUUUGACCACGAGCAGAGGCUGCACUACGGCGGCUGUGUGACGGACCUGGUUCACCACGAGGCCGACGAGUACUCCAGGCAAGGGGGCAACUUCACAUUGGCCGAGCUGGGUGUAUGCGAGCCGCCUCCCCCGCCGCACCCCGCCGCCGCCCCCUACUGUCCCGACCUGGGCCUCCUCCAGAGGGGUUACUCCCUCAGCGCCGGCUCUGACGUUGACUCUGACCCCGAGGGGCCGCUGUCCCCGGAGCGAGCCAUCCAGCUGUGGUCCGGACAAGGACGGGUAAAGUCCCGCCGAAGCUCAGGGGUGUCCAGUCGAGAGAACUCCGCCCUCACCCUCACCGACUCGGAGAAUGACAACAAGUCCGACGACGAGUCAGCUUACCUAGAUGAUGAGGAGGAUCAGGACCCGUUUGGGGACUAUGUAAUCAGUCGCCCACUCCCUCCGACCUCUUCCUCCUCCCUGCUCCCUCCGUCCCUCCCGUCCUCCUCGUCCGCCCCCCACCACCCUGCCCCCGGCCCGUCCCCGCCGAUCAGGGAAUGCCAGGUGCCCCUGCUGGAGAAAAACUCCGCCCACGCUCACCUGGAGCCCCACCACCCGGAUGACUCGUACAUGCUCCGGGCCCAGACCUCCUCCUCGGGGGCCGCCAACCACCACAGUCAGUCCACGCUACGGCCUCCACUGCCCCCGCCGCACAACCACCACACCUUAUCUCACCAGUCGGCAAACAGCCUGAACAGAAACACCCUGAGAGGGGGACGCAACCCCAUCCACGCCCCGGCCCCGGGCCCCGGAGACGGGCCCACCACCCCAGAGUCGGUCCAGCUGCAAGACAGCUGGGUUCUCAACAGUAACGUCCCACUGGAGACCAGGCACUUCCUGUUCAAGACGUCGUCAGGGACCACCCCUCUCUUCAGUAGCUCCUCCCCCGGGUACCCCUUGACCUCGGGGACCGUGUAUUCUCCGCCCCCUCGCCUGCUACCCAGAAACACUUUCUCCCGCUCGGCCUUCAAGCUUAAGAAGCCGUCCAAGUACUGCAGCUGGAAAUGUGCGGCGGUGACAGCCAUCGCAGCCGCCGUCCUGCUGGCCGUCCUGCUGUCCUACUUCAUUGCGAUCAACCUGCUGGGUCUGACAUGGCAGCUGAAGCCAUCCGACGGCCCAGUGUUAAACAACGGACUGGGAGCCGGCUUGCCUGUCAACAGCGAUGUGGCCACGCUGCCCUCUGGAGGCAGAGUUUCUUUUCCCCUCGCUCCAGGGCCGUGGGCGGGCCGGAACAGCAGCAUAGACACGGGCAACAUCGAGGUCGGGAGGCGGGUGACCCAAGAAAUCCCCCCGGGAGUCUUCUGGAGGUCCCUUCUCCACCUCGGACAACCCCAGUUCCUCAAGUUCAACAUCUCGCUGGGCAAGGACGCACUGUUUGGAGUGUACAUCCGCAAGGGCCUUCCUCCCUCACAUGCACAGUAUGACUACAUGGAGCGCCUGGACGGCAAGGAGAAGUGGAGCGUGGUGGAGUCUCCACGGGAGAGGAGGAGCAUCCAAACCGUGGUCCUCAACGAGGCGGUGUUUGUCCAGUACCUGGACGCCGGGGCCUGGCACCUUGCCUUCUACAACGACGGCCGGGAGAGAGAGGCGGUCUCCUUCAGCACAAACGUCAUGGAUUCAGUGCAAGAGUGCCCGCGCAAUUGCCAUGGUAACGGAGAGUGCAAUUCCGGCGUGUGCCACUGCUUCCCAGGAUUCCACGGCAUGGACUGCUCCAAGGCGGCGUGCCCGGUGCUGUGCAGCGGCAACGGCCAGUACGACAAGGGCUCCUGUGUGUGCUACAGCGGCUGGAAGGGACCAGAGUGCGACGUCCCCGUCACGCAGUGCAUCGACCCUCUCUGCAGCGGCCACGGCACCUGCACCGACGGCAACUGCGUGUGCUCCAUCGGCUACAAAGGGCAGAGCUGUGCACAGGUGGACUGCCUAGAUCCCACAUGUUCCAACAACGGCAUCUGCGUGAACGGGGAGUGCCACUGUAAGCCGGGCUGGGGGGGGCUCCACUGCGAGCUGCCCAGAGCCCAGUGUCCAGACCAGUGCCACGGCCACGGCGCCUUCAUACCGGACACCGGGCUCUGCAGCUGUGACCCCAACUGGAUGGGACCUGACUGCUCUAUGGAGGUGUGCUCAGUCGACUGUGGGACCCACGGAGUGUGUAUGGGCGGAGCCUGUCGCUGCGAGGACGGCUGGACCGGCUCAGGCUGCGACCAGCGGGUGUGCAACCCGCUCUGCAUCAAACACGGCACCUGCAAGGACGGCAAGUGCCAGUGUCACCAGGGCUGGAACGGGGAGCACUGCACCAUCGACCAUGGGAGCAUGGUUGACAAAGCAGACGGCUGUCCUAACUUGUGCAACGGGAACGGCCAGUGCACAAUGGGACAGCAGAGCUGGCAUUGUGAAUGCCAGACGGGCUGGAGGGGCUCCGGCUGCAGUGUUGCCAUGGAGACCUCAUGCGCCGACAACAAGGACAACGAAGGAGAUGGACUAACAGACUGCAUGGACCCAGACUGCUGCAUCCAGAGUCCGUGCCAGAACAGCCCGCUGUGCCGGGGCUCCCGGGACCCUCUCCUGGUCAUCCAGCAGAGCCCCACGUUCCAGCCCCGCGUGCGCUCCUUCUACGACCGCGUCAAGAUGCUAGUGGGACGGGACAGCACACACGUCCUCCCGGGGGAAAACCCGUUCAACUCGAGUUUGGCAUCUCUAAUCCGAGGUCAGGUGUUGACUACAGAUGGAACGCCUCUGGUGGGGGUGAACGUGUCAUUUGUCAACUACCCCCACUAUGGAUACACGCUGACACGGCAGGAUGGAAUGUUUGACCUGAUAGCUAACGGUGGUGCGUCACUGACUCUGCGGUUCGAGCGCGCCCCCUUCCUGAGCCAGGAGCGCACCGUGUGGCUGCCCUGGAGCCAGUUUUAUGCUAUGGACACUCUGGUGCUUAAGACAGAAGAGAACACGAUCCCGGGCUGCGACCUGAGCGGCUUCGUCAGGCCUGACCCUCUUGUGAUUGCAUCCCCUCUCUCCUCCUUCUUCAGCUCCAAGCCAGGGGAGAAACCCAUCAUACCGGAGACACAGGUGCUGCAUGAGCAGAUCGAGGUGCCCGGUUCAAGUCUAACGCUGUGCUACCUGAGCUCAAGGACGCAGGGUUACCGCUCGCUGCUCAAGGUUACCAUGACUCCAGCCGUGGUGUCCAUGGGCCUGCUGAAGGUUCACCUGAUGGUAGCAGUGGAGGGCCACCUCUUCCAGAAGUGGUUCCACGCCUCGCCCAACCUGGCGUACAUCUACAUCUGGGAUAAGACCGAUGCGUAUGGACAGAGGGUCUACGGGCUUUCUGAAGCUGUUGUGUCAGUGGGCUAUGAAUAUGAGUCCUGUGCCAGUCUCAUCCUCUGGGAGAAGAGGACAGCCACUCUGCAAGGCUUCGAACUGGAACCCACCAGUCUGGGCGGCUGGUCACUCGACAAGCAUCAUAUACUGAACACACGCAGCGGCAUCCUUCACAAGGGAAGUGGCGAGAACAUCUUUGUGACGAUGCAGCCCCCGGUAAUCACCAGCAUCAUGGGAAACGGACGGAGGCGCAGCAUCUCCUGCCCCAGCUGUAACGGCCUGGCAGACGGAAACAAGCUGCUGGCGCCAGUCGCCUUGGCAAUGGGCAUCGACGGCAGCCUCUACGUCGGGGACCUCAACUUUGUGCGCAGGGUCUACCCAUCUAUGAACACAACUGGUAUCCUGGAAUUAAGGAACAAAGAUUUCAGACACAGUAACAACCCGACCCACAAGUACUUCCUGGCAGUGAAUCCAGUAUCCGGGGCCUUGUUCAUCUCCGACACCAACUCCCGCAGAAUCUACCGCGUUCACUCGCUGACGGGAGGCCGUCUGCUGUCGGAUAAUGCAGAGGUGGUGGCUGGGACGGGGGAACAGUGCCUGCCCUUUGACGAGCGCUGCGGUGAUGGCGGCAAAGCUACCGAAGCCACUCUCAUGAGCCCCAAAGGCAUCGCGGUGGACAAAAACGGCCUGAUGUACUUUGUGGACGCCACCAUGAUCCGCAAGGUGGACCAGAACGGCAUCAUCUCCACUCUGCUGGGGGCCAACGACCUGACCGCCGUGCGGCCGCUAAGCUGCGACUCCAGCAUGGACGUCAGCCAGGUGCGUCUCGAGUGGCCAACGGACUUAGCGGUCAACCCCAUGGACAACUCUCUCUAUGUCCUGGAGAACAACGUCAUCCUGCGCAUCACAGAGAACCACCAGGUGAGCAUCAUCGCGGGUCGGCCCAUGCAUUGUCAAGUGCCGGGCAUCGACUACAGCCUCAGCAAGCUGGCCAUACACGCGGCCCUGGAGAGCGCCACCGCCAUCGCCUUGUCCCAGACCGGCGUCCUCUACAUCGCCGAGACGGACGAGAAAAAGAUCAACAGAGUCAGACAGGUGAGCACGAAUGGAGAAAUCUCUCUCCUGGCUGGCGUCGCCUCUGACUGCGACUGCAAAAACGACGUCAACUGCAACUGCUUCUACGGCGACGAAGGCUACGCCCCCGACGGCGGCUUGAACUCCCCCACCUCCCUGGCCGUGUCCCCGGACGGGACGCUCUUCGUCGCCGACCUCAACAACAUCCGCAUCAGAGCGGUGCGGGCCAACCGGCCGGGCCCCGCCGUCUCCAGCGUGGGCUACGGGGGGGUCGCGCAGUACGAGGUGGCGUCGCCGAGGGAGCAGGAGCUGUACGUCUUCAACGGGGAGGGGCUCCACAUCCAGACCAUUAGCCUGGUGACCGGGGAGCCGCUCUACAACUUCACCUACGGCGCGGACGGAGAGCUGUCCACGAUGGUGGACAACUGCAACAACACGGUGAAGGUGAGAAGGGACGCCCAGGGCCAGGGAGGAGGGGCCGGCCUGCUCAGGCUGGUGCUGCUGCCCGAGAACCAGGUGGUGACCCUGGGCCUGGACCCCACCGGGGGGCUGCGGAGCGUGUCGUCCCUGGGGCAGGAGGUGGCUCUGAUGGGCUACAGCGGCAACAAGGGCCUGCUGGCCACCAAAGCAGACGAGACCGGGUGGACCACGUUUUACCAGUACGACAGCGAGGGCCGCCUGACCAACGUCACGUACCCCACGGGCAUGGUGACCAGCCUCCACCGCGAGAUCGAGCGCUCCAUCAACAUCGACAUCGAGAGCUCCAGCAGAGACGACGACGUCACCGUCAUCACCAACCUGUCCUCCGUUGAGGCCUCGUACACCGUGGUGCAAGACCAGGUGAGGAACAGCUAUCAGUUGUGCAACAAUGGGACCCUGAGAGUGAUGUACGCCAAUGGGAUGGGCAUCAGCUUUCACACGGAGCCCCACAUCCUGGCGGGCUCGGUCAGCCCUACGAUUGGGCGCAGGAACAUCACCCUGCCCACCGACAACGGCCUCAACUCCAUCGAGUGGCGUCUGCGCAAGGAGCAGACCAAGGGCAAGGUCACCGUGUUGGGGAGGAAGCUCCGAGCUCACGGUCGCAAUCUUCUCUCCAUUGAUUUCGACCGCAACACGCGCACAGAGAAGAUCUACGACGACCACCGGAAGUUCACGCUGCGCAUCAUGUACGACGCUCAGGGCCGGCCGGCUAUGUGGCUGCCCAGCAGCAGCCUGGCGGUGGUCAACGUGUCCUACUCCACCACGGGGCAGCUGGUCGGGCUGCAGAGGGGGAGCAUGAGCGAGAAGACCGAGUUCGACCCGCAGGGGCGCGUCCUGUCCCGCUCGUUCGUGGACGGGAAGGUGUGGAGCUACAGCUACCUCGACAAAUCCAUGGUGCUGCUGCUGCAGAGCCAGAGACAGUACAUCUUCGAGUUCGACGCCUCGGGUCGCGUGACGGCCGUCACCAUGCCCAGCGUGGCCCGACACACCAUGUUCACGCACGUCUCCGUCGGCUACAUCCGCAACACCUACAACCCCCCGGAGAGCAACGCCUCGGUCAUCCACGACUUCAGCGAGGACGGGCGCCCUCAGGCCACGCACUACCUGGGCACCGGCCGCCGCGUCCUCUACAAGUACGGCAAGCUGGCCAAGCUGGCGGAGAUCGUGUACGACAGCACCGCCGUCAUCGGCUACGACGAGACGGCCGGCGUGCUGAAGAUGGUCAACCUGCAGAGCGGCGGCUUCUCGUGCACCAUCCGCUACCGCAAGAUGGGGCCGCUCAUCGACAAGCAGAUCUACCGCUUCAGCGAGGAAGGAAUGGUGAACGCGAGGUUCGACUACACCUACCACGACAACAGCUUCCGCAUCGCCAGCAUGAAGCCGGUGAUCAGCGAGACGCCGCUGCCCGUCGACCUUUACCGCUACGACGAGAUCUCCGGAAAGGUGGAGCACUUUGGAAAGUUCGGGGUCAUUUACUACGACAUUAAUCAGAUCAUCACCACCGCCGUCAUGACGCUGAGCAAGCAUUUCGAUACCCACGGUCGCAUCAAGGAGGUCCAGUACGAGAUCUUCCGCUCGCUGAUGUACUGGAUGACGGUGCAGUACGACAGCAUGGGGCGGGUGGUGAAGAGGGAGCUCAAAAUCGGGCCCUACGCCAACACCACCCAGUACCGCUAUGAUUAUGACGGAGACGGACAGCUGAGUGGCGUCAAGGUGAACGACUGGUCCACCUGGCGCUACAGCUACGACCUGAACGGAAACCUCCACCUGCUCAACCCCGGGAACAACGUCCGCAUCCUGCCGCUCCGCUACGACCUCAGGGACCGCAUCACGCGCCUCGGAGAUGUGCAGUACCGCCUGGACGAGGACGGCUACCUCAGCCAGCGCGGCGCCGACGUCUUCGACUACAACUCCAAAGGUCAGCUGCUGAGGGCCUACAACCGGGGCCCCGGCGGCUGGAGCGUGGUGUACCACUACGACGGGCUGGGCCGCCGCGUGUCCACCAGGAACAGCGUGGGGCAGCACCUUCAGUUCUUCUACGCCGACCUCAACCACCCGGCCCGGGUCACGCACAUCUUCAACCACUCCAGCUCGGAGAUUUCGUCGCUCUACUACGACCUGCAGGGACAUCUGUUCGCCAUGGAGGUGAGCAGUGGAGAGGAGUACUAUAUAGCUUCUGACAACACCGGCACGCCGCUGGCUGUCUUCAGCAGCAACGGACAGAUGAUCAAGCAGGUGCACUACACACCCUACGGAGAGGUGUACCUGGACUCCAACCCGGAGUUCCAGCUGGUGGUCGGCUUCCACGGAGGCCUCUACGACCCCCUGACCAAGCUGGUCCACUUCACCCAGCGGGACUACGACGUGUUGGCCGGACGCUGGACGGCGCCCGACUACAGCAUCUGGCCCAAGAUCGGGAAGGAUCCCUCUCCUUUCAAUCUGUACAUGUUCAAGAACAACAACCCCCUCAGCGACAUGCUGGAUGUCAAAAACUACGUCACAGAUGUGAAGAGCUGGCUGGUGAUGUUUGGCUUCCAGCUCAGCAACAUAAUCCCCGGCUUCCCCCGACACUCGCUCUACUUUGUGGAGCCGCCGUACGAGCUGCAGGCCACGCAGCACUGCGAGAACGGACAGCUCAUCACCGGUGUGCAGCAGGCGGCGGAGCGCCACAACCAGGCCUUCAUGGCCCUGGAGGGCCGGCGCCUCAACAAGGAGCACCGGAGGCGCAAGGACAAGCCCGGCCACUGGUUCGGCACCAGCGUUCCCAUAAUAGGCCGAGGGGUGAUGCUGGCUCUGAAGGAGGGCCACGUGGUGGCCGGCGUGUCGGCCCUGGCGAGCGACGACAGCCGCAAAGUGGCCCUGGUGCUCAACGGCGCCCAGUACCUGGAAGGCACCCACUACACCCAGGAAGGGAAGGACUGCCACUACUUUGUGAAGGUGGGCUCCCCCGACAGCGACCUGCUGGCCCUGGGGCUCACCAACGGGCGCAAGUCGCUGGAGAGCGGCAUCAACGUGACGGUGAGCGGCCGCUCCAGGAGGGGGGUGACCGCCGAGUUCGCGGUGCCGGCGCUGGUGCUGAGCGUCCGGUACGGGCUGGCGGCGGACGUGGUGGACGAGGAGAAGGUAAGACUGUUGGAGCUGGCCAGGCAGCGGGCUUUGGCCGGGGCCUGGGCCAAGGAGCAGCAGAGGGCCAGGGACGGGAAGGGUGGCAACCGCCUGUGGACGGAGGGGGAGAGACAGCAGCUGCUGACCGCGGGCCGCGUGCAGGGCUACGACGGCUACUACGUGCUGCCCGUGGAGCAGUACCCGGAGCUGGCCGACAGCAGCAACAACAUCCAGUUCCUCCGACAGAACGAGAUGGGCAGGAGGUAACAGCCCCCAUGUGACCGCUUUGAAAGGGAAGACUGACCCCCCCCCGCCCCCUCCCCCUCCCCUCCCAGCCCCCCCACCCACCACCUGCUCUUCUCCAGACCCUGCUCUUUUUUUUCCCGACCCGACUCCUCUCGAAACCCAUAGAGAAUAAAAAGGAGACGCCGGGUUACUCUGGGAGCGCUGCAGGGACUUUAAGAAGAAUGACUUAUCACAAAAGUGAUUAUUGUUCAUUUUGCUGCAAGAAGGCAAGAAAAUGAAAAUUAAGUUUAGUCAAGUUUUCUCUUUUUCUUUUUGAAAAACUGAAAAAGCACUGAAGAACUUCAAAAACUGUUGCUUAAUGAAUACGGAGAUUCCCCUUUUUAAAAGGGAUAGUGAUAUUUUUUGGGCCCAUAUUUCUUGGGUCACACUGAGAGCGGGCUUUCGCUGCGAAGGCUUUCCCCUCUCCUGGCGGACACUGAAGGCACAUGGACCAAAGUGGGGGCGGGGAAGGGGGGGGGGGGGGCACCCACCACACAUCAAAGGAGGGCAUUGCAAGCGGCGACACACAAGGCAAUGUCAAAGGUCGUCCAAUACUAUGAGUCGUCUCCCUGUCUCAGGCCUCCCAUCGUCUACCACGGACGAGUCCUCUGCUGCUGAGGCAGCGCACAUCCAGCAAGGCAACACACACACACACACACACACACACACACACACACAAUCUAACGGCAUCCUUCAACAUGGAACUUUUUUAAAAAACAAAGCAAACAAAAAAAAAAGUGAUGGCUAUAUUUGUGGACAGUGGUAUCACACAGCAUUGUUUAUUUUGAAACGGCGUGAAGAAUCAUAUUCCUCCAUAUGUGUCCGACUUCACUAAAGUCCAGGAUGUUGCGUAUAUUGUGGAUGCCGUAGUUUUGUACGUUUCAGUCGCGGUAGAAUUGUGAGACUUUCACCAAGGCACUUCUGUACAGAACGAUGACACACACCGCUCACAGAGUCAUGAAAACAUGCUAAGUUAGUUAUUUAUUUUAUUCUUUUUUUAUUUAUUUAUUCGUAGUACUAUAUGACAAUCAUGAAUGAGUCACCAGUUCUAUUCCAAAUGAACAUUAAUGGACGAGUUUUUUUUCUUUUGUAAAAUAUGUAACAAUUUUUGUUUUUGUAUUAAUUUCAGAUUGCUGCCAGGGCAAAUAAUAGUCACUCUCAAAAAGAAUAAUUUAUGUAAUAAAGUGUUUUAAAAAACAGUUUAUACUUUAAAUAAAGUCUUUAAAACUGUGAAAUCUGUUUUUUCGAGCUAUAUUUCGAUGUACAGUGUAUAGAUUUACCUUUAUGCAGCACAGUAGAAUAUUGUCCAGAAUAUCGAGUUUUAUAUUUCUAAGAGGAAGUGGCUUGUAAUGUGCAAAAUCUUUAGCUGGUCUUACUGCUCUAGAGUUUUGUGGGACUCUAAUAUUCCAUAUCUACAAAUAUCAAGCCCCAGUUUGUUGUUUUUGACUGUUUUUUGGUUUGGAAGCAGAGAUCCUUUCCUGUCCUAGAUCUCAACAGCGGUAGCAGUAUGAAGAGACUCGUGCUGGAUGUCAUAAUGUACCAAAUCAGUAUUAUCAAAAGGGUGAUUCUUAUACAUUGACUGAAACGAGACUCUACUGACAACCUUAUCAAUAAAACAUAAUUGUUUACUUCAACUGA